AUUCAUCUCUGGGUGAGUCUUGUCCGGUCCGACGCCGGUGACCUCGGGCUUUCCUUGCCCUGUCUGUUCUGGGCGUGGGGCAGAGUUCGAAAGGGAGGGCAGAUCACGACCACUGCGGCCAUGCUCAUACCCGGUCGGGUCGCUGGAUGUCGCUGGCUCCACGGUCCUUCCCCCCCCCCACCGUCUUCCCCCAUCCCAGCUCGAAUUUCGAUCAACAAAUGGAGGCCAAAUCCGUCACCCAGCCGCAGGCGACGAUGCUCGAUCGCUACAUCGGCUUCAUUGCCGGUGUGUGCUCUGGCGCCACCAAGCUCGCCGUUGGGCACCCGUUUGACACCAUCAAAGUGCGCAUGCAGACCGAAGGAGGCUUUGGCCGCUUCAAGGGUCCGCUGGACUGCCUCGUCGAGACCGUCAAGAAGGAGGGGUUCCGAGGCCUCUACAAGGGAGCCACACCUCCCCUGCUCGGAUGGGCACUCAUGGACUCUGUGCAAAUGGGAUCGCUGACCAACUUCCGGCUGCUGCUGCAAGGCGGCGAUCGCAACAAGCGCCUGACUGUGCCCGAGCACGCCCUCGCUGGAUUUGGGGCCGGUCUUGUGGUUUCAUUUGUGGCGACUCCUGUCGAACUCCUCAAGGGCAAACUGCAGGUUCAAUACGAUGCCAAGACAAAGGUUUAUUCGGGACCGAUUGAUUGUGCCCGCCAGCUGAUCCGGGACAAUGGCAUUCGCGGCCUUUGGAAGGGUCUCGCUCCAUGCAUGCUCUUCCGCAGCUUCUUCUGGGUCCUGUGGGGAAGUUACGAGGUCUAUGUUACGGAGCUGAAGAAGUACAAGGUGCACGAUCGGCUGGUGCCAUUCUUUGCCGGCGGCCUUGCAGCAACAACAUUCUGGUGUGUCAGCUUCCCGUUUGACGUUGUCAAGACCAGAAUCAUGACCCAGCCCGAGGUCAAGCCCCUUCGAUAUCCCAGCACGGCCGCCUGCUUCCGAUAUAUCCUCCGCACAGAGGGCAUCAAGGGCUUUUACCGAGGCUUCCUGCCGUGCUUCCUGCGCUCCUUCCCGACCAACGCCGCAGCCAUCUUUGUCUUUGACAACGUUAUGAAGGCCGGCCACUCAUUCAGCCAGUAGCGAGCUCCCUCGCCUCAAGCCAGCAUCAAGAGCAGCAUCUGCGACAAGACGAACGGGCGGCGAACUGAAUGCGCCUGUCUGCGUCUCCAACUUCUCCUGGCCCUCUUCCCGGCCCUUCUCCCUCCCUCUCUCCGUGUCUCCUUUGCUUUCAAUCUCGCUCUUUCUAUCGUGCCCUUAUCGCAACGCCGCGCCCACACUCAUGCCUCAUCUGUAUUUUCCUUGUCGUUGCCGUCAGUUGUUGGGCAGUCGGUUCUGUCCGGGUCAGGUCGAUCCCCAACGAGGCCAGGGACGAGCGUGCACGAUUUGCAUAUGUGAAUACAGCCAUGUUGUGUCGACAAGAGCACGGCCAUCGUCGUCGGUGAGUUGGGCGAGAGUGACUUGCUUCUCUGGGUUGGGGGCAGACGAGUCUGAGCAGCC